GUCUGUCAUAAAUACUUUUCUAUAGUUACAAAAGAAAAAAACUUUUCUAUAAAUACCAUAACGUGGAAGUAUCAAUCUCAUAAUUUCCACGACGCAAUCACUAACAAUCUCCUUAGAGGAGAAAACAAGAAGAUGAUGUUUUACUAUGUGAUUGUUCUCCCGUUGGCUCUCUUUCUCUUAGCUUACAAAUUCAUAUUCACCUCCAAAACGCAGCGUUUCAACCUCCCGCCUUCUCCGCCUUACUCUCUCCCCAUCCUCGGCCACCACCACCUCCUCAAACCCCCGGUUCACCGCCUCUUCCAACGCCUCUCGAAAACCCACGGCCCAAUAUUCUCCCUGAGAUUCGGCUCCCGCCGCACCGUCGUGAUCUCCUCCUCCUCACUCGCAACAGAAUGCUUCACGGGCCAAAACGACGUCCUUCUAUCAAACCGCCCUUGUUUCCUAACUGCAAAGUACGUCGCAUACAACUACACAACCGUCGGAACCUCUCCUUACGGCGACCACUGGCGCAACCUCCGCCGCAUAUGCUCCCUCGAAAUCCUCUCCUCGAACCGUCUCACCAACUUCCUCCACAUCCGUAAAGACGAGAUCCGCCGCAUGCUCACGCGCCUCUCACGUGAGGUGGCCAACAAAGAGAUCGAGCUGGAGCCGCUCUUGUCCGACCUAACGUUCAACAACAUCGUGAGGAUGGUCACGGGGAAGAGAUAUUACGGAGACGAAGUGCAUAACGAGGAAGAAGCGAAUCUUUUCAAGAAACUCGUCGCCGACGUUAACGAUUGUAGCGGUGCGAGGCAUCCCGGAGAUUACUUGCCUUUCCUCAAAAUAUUCGGAGGGAGCUUUGAGAAGAAAGUGAAAGCUGUUGGAGAAGCCAUGGAUGAGAUCUUGCAGCGUUUGCUCGAUGAGUGUAGAAGAGACAAAGACGGUAACACUAUGGUCAACCAUUUGCUCACGUUGCAACAACAAGAGCCAGAGUAUUACACUGACGUCACUAUCAAAGGCCUUAUGCUGGGCAUGAUGAUCGCCGGAACAGAUACCUCCGCUGUGACACUAGAGUGGGCGAUGGCGUGUUUAUUAAAUCAUCCAGAGUCAAUGGGAAAAGCAAAACAGGAGAUCGACGAGAAAAUCGGACAAGACCGUUUGAUCGACGAACCAGACCUAGCGAACUUGCCUUACCUUCAAAACAUAGUGUCGGAAACAUUUCGGCUAUACCCUGCCGCGCCGCUCUUGGUGCCGAGAUCACCGAUGGAAGAUAUCAAAGUCGGAGGAUACGACGUGCCACGUGGCACAAUGGUAAUGGUGAACGCAUGGGCUAUACACAGAGAUCCAAGUCUCUGGAGCGAACCGGAGAAGUUUAAACCGGAAAGGUUUAACAGCGGAGGAGAAGACGUUCAUAAGCUGAUGCCGUUUGGUAAUGGAAGGAGAUCGUGUCCUGGAGCAGGACUAGGGCAAAGGAUCGGGACGUUGGCGUUAGGAUCGUUGAUUCAGUGCUUUGACUGGGAAAAAGUCAACGGCGAAAAGAUCGAUAUGACGGAGACUCCGGGGAUGGCGAUGCGUAAGAAAGAGCCUUUACGUGCCUUGUGUCGUUCUCGGCCCAUUAUGAAUAAACUUCGGGUCCAUUUAGAAGGUGCAUGAAGGCUCGAACGAAUGGAAUAAUCUACGUUUUGCCAUGUUAGGUAGAAUGCUCUCUUUAAUGCAUUGAAAAUUUUGUUGGUUUAAGGUGCUGUGCACACAAAUGCUUCUUUUAUUAUGAGUUUUGAUACUAAAAACUCUUCUGCGUUCUCUUAUAUUUGUAUUCUUAUUCUGUUUUUUGUUCUUUGGUGUUGGGAUGCUAUGUUUCUGAGCUAGCUAUUUAUAUAUUUUAAUAAAAAAACUUUUAUGAUGA